AUGGUGGGAAGACCUCCGUUAUGGGAAGCGAAAAGAAAAUCUGAUCGAAAAAGGGGUGGAGACGUCGCGUUCUUCACAGGGAUGACUACGGCGGUAGCACGAAGUUUCCGGUUGUGGUCUGCCGAUGAUGGUGUCGCCGGUGAUGGGUAUUUCACAGGAAAAUGCAGAACCUCAUUGUAUGGUGUGUGGUUAACGGUAAAGUCCAUUUGCGUCUCUUCAACCGAUAUAGCUACUUCUUGCCAUGAUGUCCGCCUCAAUGCACCUCGCAUCGAAGGCAAGGUUGCCGCUUGCUGUGCUCUCUACAGUGCCUUCCACGACGCCUUGUGUUCUCGUUUUUUUAGGGUUUGUGGAAUCGAAUUUGAAAGUCCAGGAAAAGGACAUGGAAAUCAAAUGCGCACACAACACAAUACUCACACGCACCACCUCACCCACGUGGAAGAGGAGAGCUCGAGGAAGGAGACGCCGCCUUGCUGCCAGCUCCGUGGAAGACCAGCCUGCCGCCGCUGUCGAGUCAAAUCCAAGAGAGAGAGUGUGUGCAACAAUGAGAGAGGAGGAGCCGUCACCAAACGCGUCGCUGCCGCUGGAGGAGCUUCGCUCUUCGCCGCCGCCGAGGAGGGGAAAGAGGAGCUGCUCCCUCGCCAGUCACCGUCGUGCUUCCUGGUUGCCGAUGAGGGAGCCACGAGAACUGUUGCCGUCGCUUUUUCAUUUUACAGGUUCGACAAGGAAGGGAACCGAUGGAAGGAGAGAACCGAUGGUACCGUCAAGUUCCCAAAGAACAAGAUAUAUGCUGUAUCUAUCACCAUCCGUAUUGUGGUUGGCUUUAUGUUACUCACAUGCAUUUGGGAAUUUAACUUUCCUCCCUUUAUGGUUCUUGUCAUAGCCAUUCUCAACGAUGGAGAAAUGAAGCAGUUGAUGUGCUUUCUAAGAUCUAUAUAUGAUCUUGCUCGCUUAGAGGAUGAAGUUGAUUUCCUCACAGCUCAAUCAGAGCAAGACCGACAGAAAAGGAAUAAUGUCAAAUUCUGGGAUGCUUUUCGAUCAAAGGAAAUCAAAUUGGCUUUUCUUGUUGGAGGAGGGCUUCUGGUAAAAAAGUUCACAAAUGUUUCUGAAACAAUUAUGUAUGAUCUAAAGGAAGGAAGUUUAAGAGGGCUAGAGGAAGGAGGAACAGCGAAGGACUUAGGAUUUAAGUUGUAUUGUUUUUGUAUUUUUCUUUAGUUUUUAGUUUUGGAAUUUGAACUUGAGAUUUAUUUUGUAUUUGAGUAUUAGUUUUUUAAUGUAUAAAAUAAU